AUAAAAAUGUAGCAAAGAAGAAAGCUGCGGCUCGGUGCUAUAUGUAUAACAGCUGCACUUCCCUGCAACUAACUAACUAUUCAACACUGGCAAUUAGUCCGGGGAUAAACAGCACUCUGGCCGCAGCGGAGGGAAGACUACCGGCUUUCUUUAUUUUAACAUUCCUCAAGAAUAACAAACUUCCCCUCAAAACUUUGUCUUAUUACAGAAGAUAUUUUGUUGUCUUUUUGUUUUUAAAAAAACAAAAUCCUUCCACCUUCCUUCAAUGUGCGUUGCUUGUCGGCUGUUAAAAUUGCUGGCGGCUGGGACCGCUUUUGCCGAGAGAGCAGCCGAAUUCAGCGGGCUCGCUAAAGCAAGAAACAGUCGGAGAAGCGCAAGGGGGAUGGGGGAAGGAGCUGAUCCGGAAAAAGGGGAUUGGAGAGGUCGGAAGUAUCGCGAAGCAUGCCGGCUCUCAACGGGGACUAGAAAGCGUCCACGCCCGGGGCCAGCGCCGUGGAUCUGGCGAAGGUUCAGCCCAGGCUCCCCUUGUUUUGCAAGACGCCUAGACGGAAGGUAGUUGGCGGACUCGAAGGGCUGUGUGUUUCAGUCGAGCAGCAUGAACGGAGAGACAGCCAUGGCAGAAACUGCUGAACUGAGCGAUGCAAAAGAAGAGUGGCCAAAAGAGGACCUCCUGGGCCUACUGGACAGCAUGAGAAGCAUGGUUCCUUCCAAUGAUGUGAUGAAGUUUAAAACAACAGAAUCACAUAUGGACUGGAAUAAGGUGACCUUCGCACAUUAUACAGCAGAAAUGUGUAAACAGAAGUGGACGGAGAUCUCGCAUGAAGUGAGAAAGUUCCGCACUUUAUCGGAACUGAUUCUGGAUGUCCAAGAAAAUGUGAAGAAUCCCUAUAAAGGGAAGAAACUCAAGAAUCAUCCUGACUUUCCCAAGAAGCCUCUCACACCUUAUUUUCGAUUCUUCAUGGAGAAAAGAGCAAAAUAUGCAAAGCUUCAUCCUGAAAUGAGUAACUUGGAUCUGACUAAAAUUCUUUCCAAGAAAUACAAGGAGUUGCCAGAGAAGAAAAAGAUGAAAUAUAUUCAGGAAUUUCAGAAGGAGAAAGAAGACUUUGAACAGAGCAUGGCCCGAUUCAGAGAGGAUCAUCCAGAACUACUGGAGAGUGUAAAGAGAACCGAUGCUCCAGAAAAACCCAAAACGCCUCAGCAGUUGUGGUACCUUCAUGAGAAGAAAGCCUUUAUGAAGAUGCAUCCAAAGGCCACUAUGAAAGAUGUUAAAGAAGCACUGGGGAAGCAGUGGUCCCAGCUGUCUGACAAGAAAAGACUCAAGUGGAUUGGCAAAAGCUUAGAGCAGCGAGAACUGUAUGAGGAAGCUAUGCGAGAUUAUGUUCUACGUCACCCUGAACAAAGCAUCAGUCUGGAUGAUUUGACCAAAAAUACUCUGACUAAAGCCGAAAGACAGCUCAAGGAUAAGUUUGAUGGUCGACCCACAAAACCUCCUCCAAAUGGUUAUUCUCUUUAUUGCGCUGAACUGAUGUCCAACAUGAAAGAUAUUCCCAGCACAGAACGCAUGGUUCUGUGCAGCAAACAGUGGAAGAUGCUCUCUCAGAAAGAGAAGGAUGCAUAUCAGAAACGAUGUGAACAGAAAAAGAAGGAAUAUGAAAUUAAUCUUCAUCGGUUUUUGCUGAGCCUCCCUGAACACGAACAGCAAAGAGUCCUGUCUGAGGAAAAGAUGAUUGGAUUAAACAAAAAAGCAGCAAGCAACCUGAAGCAGGGUGGAGUCAAAGGCGUCCCCUCGUCUCCUUCAGAUGCCGCCAAGACGACUACUGACAAACCAAAGCGUCCGAUCUCUGCCAUGUUCAUUUUCUCGGAAGAGAAGCGCAAGAAGUUGCAGGAGGAGGAGCCAGAGCUGUCGGAGAGUGAACUGACAAGAAAGUUGGCCAGGAUGUGGACUGAGCUGUCUGAGAAGAAAAAGGAAAAGUAUCGACGCAUGGAGGCAGCGGCAAAGGCCGAAUCGGAGCAGAAAAGGCAGGGCUAUGGAAAAGACGGAAAAGGCUCUGCCAUCCGUGGGAAACUGCCAGAGCCACCCAAGACUGCAGAAGAGAUCUGGCAACAGAAUGUGAUUGGCGAUUAUCUGGCCAAGUACAGGAAUGAUCGCACUAAGGCUGUAAAAGCGAUGGAGGCAACUUGGAGUGCAAUGGAGAAAAAGGAGAAAUUAAUGUGGAUUAAAAAGGCGGCUGAGGAUCAAAAGCGAUAUGAGAAAGAACUAAGUGAAAUACGAACACCAGCAACAAACGUGAACAAGAAAAUAAAAUUUGAGGGGGAACCAAAAAAGCCACCAAUGAAUGGUUACCAGAAAUUUUCCCAGGAGCUACUUACAGGCGGUGAACUGAACCAUCUGAAUCUCAAAGAUCGGAUGGUGGAGAUUGGGAAAAGAUGGCGGAAAGUUUCUCAGGCUCAAAAGGAUCGUUACAAGAAAAUGGCGGAAGAACAACAAUGUCAAUACAAAAUCAAUCUGGAAGCCUGGCUUAAGAGCAUAUCCCCCCAAGAGAGAGCUGCAUACAAGGAAUACACUUCAAAUAAACGCAAAGGUUCUGCAAAAGUAUCCAGUCCAAAUCCCAAAAUGAAAGUCUCAAUACCAGCACAGAAUGCAAGUUCACAGGUGAAGCUCCGGAAGACUGAAGGGUGGCUAAUGUUGUGCCAUUAUUUAAGAAGGGCAUCAGAGACGAGCCAGGGAGCUGCAGGCCGGAAACGGAGGAUUCUGAUGAGGAGGAGGAUGAGGAUGAUGACGAGGAUGAUGACGAUGAUGAAGAAGAAAAGGCCAACUCUUCAGAUUCUGAUGAUUCCUCAGGUUCGGACAGUGAUGAAGAGAGUGAAGAGGAAGAUGAUGCAGAUGAGAAUGCAGAUGAAGAUGAGGAUGAAGAGGAAGAUGAAAACCAGUCCGACAGCAGCAGCAGUUCUUCAUCUGAAGAGUCCUCCGACUCGGACUCCGACUGAAGUGUUCUGCUUUGAUCUUCCAGGCAGUACUGGAAACUAUCAGGGGCCAAAAGAUGAGCCCUCAUGCCCACUACCAGCACUGUUUGAGAGACAAGUGGCAGAAGCAGACAUACUAAAUCUGAUGUGAUCCAGCCAUCAUUGUCCAGUCCAGUCAGUUUCGUGGAACGAAUUUUCUGGGCUUUCCUGAGUUGCUUUCAGCUCCUUGAAAACCACUAGUGAUGCAAGUAAGAAUGGACCAAAUAAAGAAUUAGUAGUGGUUUUUCACUCGAACAAUCCCAGAUGCAAAUUACUCAGAAAUGACCCUCUGUCUAUGUGCUAAUGAGUGACAUUCAGGACCAUUUAAAAAAAAAACUGACAUACAAAUUCUCUGGUAUGGCUUGGAAUAAAUUUUGUGAUCGGAAGCUUAGGCACACAAGAUCAAAGUAGUUGUGUGUUGAGAGUGAAGUCACUCAGUAUUUAAAAAAAACUGUGUUUGGUUUAUCAGGUCAUUCAUACUUGCAUUGCCAGGCACAAAAGCUUUGAAUUUUUAUUUUUUUUUAAUAUGAUUACAGUGAAGUUGGUUUCGGCCUCAUUUACCUGGUUCUAGUUCUGGUCCCUUGUACAAUUUGUUUUGUGAUUUAAGGAGAACAGAAAUAUCAGGGUGAUCACAUGGCAAGCAUUGAAGCCAUCUAUUCAAUAUUUCCCCAAAGUUGGCUUCCCUGGUACUUCUGUUGGGCAAGGGAUCAAUCUGACAAUGGAACAGGCCAGAGCUUGUGUACAAGUAUGCUAGUCUGAAUCAGUGAAGAGUAUUUUGUGAUGUUGCAGUUUGUAAAUACAAAGGAAUGUUUUUAAGGGAGGUUUCAGUUUUGGUAUUUUGUGAAUGGAAUCUUCUUAGUAAUGUGAACAAAGUUAUUGAGAAGUCUGCACCAAAGCAAUUGCUCGUUCAUUUUAGGGCAGAUGGAAGAAAUGUGCUCCUGUUGCUCAGUGCCCUUCAAGAUUGCAAAGGAAUCUGUUAUCUUUCCAACACACUUUCUGGUUACUUUAUUUUUCUGCAUGUGUAGUCUUUCCUCAUAGUGUUUAACUUAUGGAGGAUGUAACUGCAGAGGCUGAAGUAUUUUGUAUCAUUUUAGUCUGUCAAUCUGACUUGAUUGAAGCGUCACUAUAUUGGUGGAAGUUAAUCUUGAUGUUCUAGAUGCAGCAGAGACUGCAAAUAGCUUUGUAUCUUCAGAUUCUGUUUCGUCACUUCUGAAUGGAAUGUACAUUAACUCUGGUCAUGAAACCAAAUGCAAAGCAUAUUGUGAAGUUUUUUAAUACAGUUUCAUCCUUUGGAUUGUAGAGUUGAAAGGUUUUAUUCCCGGAGUCCUUUGAGAGAGAGCGCAGAGCUGAAGUCAGGUCACGUGCAUUGCUGACUUGGGUUUGGAACACUACAGUACUGCAGUAUCUUUCACAAAUACAAGCUUAGCACUUUUCUUUGCAUAACACAUGGCGAGACUUUUGUUUCUGAUUUCUUUGCACACCAGAAUUAAGGAAUAAUUACAAAUUUGGGGACUGGAAAGAAACUUGCUUCAUGAUACAGGAAGUGUGAAUAAAUUUUCUAGAUCCAACUUGGAAAAGGAGAGGCAGAAUGAGAGUUUGUGGUCUCUGCAACCAAAACGGACCUUCCUGUCCUCCUGUGUGUUCUCAUGGUAAACCUACAAGAGUUCAAUGUAAAAUGGAGGGAGGUGGAGUGGGUGGUAGAAGAACACCAUGAAACUGAGCCUUUCUCCAACUGCAGCUUUGCUUAAACUCCGGAUCAUGACUGAAUACCUUUCAGCUUGUGCCCAGCUUCAGAGCAGGGUGGAUGUCUUUUUAAAGGGUACUGAACGAGGCACUUUGUCGUACUUGUAUUGGGUUUGAAUGAGGAUGUAUGGUAUCUGUAUAUAAUGUUGUUUGUAUUUUGCAGCUUUACUUUCCAUUUUAUUUUCUGGUUCUUACAGUAAGGCCGGGAGCACUGGGCGUGUGUACUGUAAGAGGUGAAAUGAGUGCAUUUUUGCACUCCCGUGAAGCUGUGCUAGUAACCCAUACGUACCAUGUUACUUUUAGCUUCUGUGACCUUCUGGAAAUUUUUCUAAUAUUUAAAGAUUGUUUUGUAGAGAGAAUGCCUCACUGAUUUGUAUUUGCAGAUUCUUGUAAUUUGAUGUUGGAACUUCUGAAACAUUUUAUAGGGAAAGCGUUCCUUUUGUUCUAGUGGUUAUCAGCAACCAUUAAAAAAAAAUAAGAACUUG